GGCGCGGAGCAGCGGCGGCGCCCGCGCGGGGAUGGCGUCUCCGGGAGCGCUGGAGCCGGCGCCCGGCAGCGUCCCGGGCACCAAGGUGGAGCUCACCGUGUCCUGCCGGAACCUGCUGGACAUGGACACCUUCUCCAAGUCUGACCCAGUGGUGGUCCUGUUCGUGCAGGGAGCUGGGAGCAGCGAGUGGAAGGAGUUCGGGCGCACCGAGGUGAUCGACAACACCUUGAACCCCGACUUCGUCCGCAAGUUCGUCCUCGAUUACUACUUCGAGGAGAAGCAGAACCUGCGCUUUGACGUCUACAACGUGGACUCCAAGAGCUGCGCCAUCUACAAGCAGGACUUCCUGGGGCAGGCGUUCGUGGCGCUGGGCGAGGUGAUCGGGUCCCGGCGGGGCCGCCUGGAGCGAGCCCUCACGGGCGUCCCGGGGAAGCGGUGCGGGACCAUCCUGCUGCUGGCGGAGGAGCUGAGCAACUGCCGGGACAUCAUCACGAUGCAGCUGUGCGCCAACAAGCUGGACAAGAAGGACUUCUUCGGCAAAUCGGACCCCUUCCUCGUCUUCUACCGCAGCAACGAGGACGGCACCUUCACCAUCUGCCACAAGACGGAGGUGGUGAAGAACACGCUGAACCCCGUGUGGCAGCCCUUCACCAUCCCCGUGCGAGCCCUCUGCAACGGCGACUACGACAGGACGGUGAAGAUCGACGUGUACGACUGGGACCGGGACGGGAGCCACGACUUCAUCGGCGAGUUCGCCACCAGCUACCGGGAGCUGUCGCGAGCCCAGAGCCAGUUCACGGUGUACGAGGUGCUCAACCCCCGCAAGAAGUGCAAGAAGAAGAAAUACGUCAACUCGGGCACCGUCACGCUGCUCUCCUUCUCCGUGGAGUCCGAGUUCACCUUCGUCGACUACAUCCGCGGCGGGACGCAGCUGAACUUCACCGUUGCCAUCGACUUCACGGCCUCCAACGGGCUGCCGUCGCAGCCCACCUCGCUGCACUACGCGAGCCCCUACCAGCUGAGCGCCUACGCCCUGGCGCUGAAGGCCGUCGGCGAGAUCAUCCAGGACUACGACAGCGACAAGCUCUUCCCCGCCUACGGCUUCGGCGCCAAGCUCCCGCCCGACGGCAAGAUCUCCCACCAGUUCCCCCUGAACAACAACGUGGAGAACCCCAGCUGCGCUGGCAUCGACGGUGUCCUCGAGUCCUACCUGCAGAGCCUGCGCACCGUGCAGCUCUACGGGCCCACCAACUUUGCACCUGUCAUCAACCAGGUGGCCGGCACGGCUGCCCAGGUCACCGACGGCUCCCAGUACCACGUCCUCCUCAUCAUCACUGAUGGUGUCAUCUCUGACAUGCUGCAGACCAAGGAGGCCAUCGUCAGUGCUUCUGCCCUGCCGAUGUCCAUCAUCAUCGUGGGAGUGGGGCCGGCCGAGUUUGAAGCCAUGGAGGAGCUGGACGGCGACGAGGUGCGGGUCUCCUCCCGGGGCCGCUACGCCGAGAGGGACAUCGUCCAGUUCGUGCCGUUUCGGGACUACGUGGACCACUCGGGGAACCAGGUGCUGAGCAUGGCCCGCCUGGCCAAGGACGUGCUGGCCGAGAUCCCCGAGCAGCUGCUGUCCUACAUGAAGACGCGGGACAUCAAGCCCCGCCAGGCCGGCCCGCAGUAGCGCCUCCGGGCAGCCCGCGAGCCCCAGCGCUGGUGCCAGCGAGCCAGCUGCCCCCAAGCAGCACCGGCUUCGGUGCCCGCCCGCGGGGCGCUCCUCUGGCACGGCGCGGCGCAGCCACGCGUGACCCUUCCUCUCCCCUGGGACACGAACCGGCCUGGCUGGGCGCCAAGACCAGGGCACAGAAACGCGGCUGCUGGGGCUGCUCUUGCUCGGACAGCGGGUCGCACCCAGCAUGUCACCCGGGCGUGGGAGCCCCUGCUCGGCUUGGGCCAGACUCACCCCCUCCUGCCGUGGGGCCACAUCCACGUCCCCGUCCCCAUCCCCGACCCACCUCCCCACGCAGCCGGCAGCAGCCGCGGCGCGCUGGGAUGGGGCAGAGGAACGAGUGGGGUGCCCGCCGCAGGGGCCGGUCCCGUGAACCCCCCGCGCUCGGGGCUGCCGGGGAGAAGCCCCCCCCUUUCCCAGCAGCAUGGGCAGAGACAAGGCGGUGGCUGAGGCGCUUUGAUGCGAGCCAGGGCUCCCGCACCCCGGGGCCGGUCCCGGCCCGCUUGCUCCCCCCGCGCCGCGUCUCCCGCCAGGCACCGGGGCCGCGCGGGCAGCCCCGGGGGGCCCCGUCCCGCCCCCGCGCCGCUCCCCUGCCCACAGGGCUAACGGGGGGGGGGGGGGGGCGGCGGCGGGCGCGGGCGCGGGCCGGGGCUGCCCCGGCUGUACCAGCAUCAACCCCUGUAAAUAAACUGCUCCAACCGGGA